UAUGGAAAUAUUACAGAAAAAGGUGUGUGUAAAAUGUAUAAAAACGGCCGUUCCUGUCGCACAAGUAGAUAUUAACAUGGCAUUCCUUACCUGGAUAACUCUGGGAUUGGCAACGCUACCGCCCGCCCUGUGCGCGGAGAUCGGACCUUCGUUUGACAAGUUCGAGUACGAGUUUGGCGUGCUGAAAAAGCUUGAGCAACUUGAAAGAGAGACGAAGCGUUUACUUGAGGAAAACAACCUUCAAACAUCGGCCAUCAGUGAUCUAAAGGAGCAGAUAAAAAAAUCUAAAUCAAUAGAAGAUGGUUCAACUUAUACUAGGUGGGAAGUUCUUCAUUUCCUGGUAACGGCACAGAGACUAUAUAUACUUGACUUGUUGCGGGGUCACACUAUAAACACACAGGUGGAGCUGCCAACUACCUGUGUUUAACACAGCAACCAUCUUGGAACAAGUAUAACGACGAAGAACAAGCCGGCGGACUUGUCUACGGAGCUGAAUACGAGUUUUACCAUCGAAGUCGACAACAUUUCUGUGGUCGAGAAUUACUUGAUGAGGAUCCGCCAUGCGCUGUUUGUCGAACUGAACGGCCUACCAUCAUAAUGAUUCCUGGCAGUCGACAUUGUCUCGAUGGCUGGACUAUGGAAUACCAUGGUUACUUAAGCAGUGGGAGUUACGAUCAUACUGUAGCUACCGAAUAUGUGUGUCUAGAUGUUGAUCCGGAAGCAGUUUUGGGCGGAAAAUCUGGUAAUGAUGCCAAGCUGUUCUACCUGACGGAAGUCCGAUGCGGUGCCUCCUCACUUUGUCCGCCUUAUGUGAAUGGUCGAGAGCUUACGUGUGUAGUGUGCUCCAAAUAAAUUGUUUUGAAAUCAUACAGUCCAGUCCGUCUUCGUAAUCAACAUUGAUAGAGUGUUUUUGGUUUGCAAAAGAGUAUUAGACCAAGCCUAUAAGUAUUUGUUGUUGAUCCUAUAAUAGUAUUAAAGACCCUACUUAUCAUUUCCAUUUGUUCGAA